AUGGCGGUGCUCAAGGUCACGAUGAUCCCAAAAGACAAUUAUUGUGCGCCGAUGCGACUAGAAGCGUUCAGCGACGCCGACUUUGCCGCCGACAAGACGGACCGGAAGUCAAUGACGGGCGGCAUCGUGAUGCUGAACGGUAUGGCCGUCAGCUGGGUCGCGCGCGAGCUAAUCGGCCUGCGCGAGGUGUUGUGCGAAGUGGGCGUAGAGCCCGCGCUUCAGAUGCAGUUGCGGGUGGACAACCAAGCGGCAAUCGCGCAGAUCGCGGGAGAGGUAUCGUCGCUGAAGGCAAAACAUGUGGAUGUGCGCCUUAAGUUCCUUUGCGACUACCCGCGUCGUGGCAUCAUCACGGCGAGCUAUGUCAGAUCGGAACAGAUGCUCGCAGACCUCCUUACGAAGGCGUUGGACGCGACGAAGCUCUCGACACUGCGCACUCGUGUGCAUUGGUUAAGAAAAGGUCAAGUACGAUCAAGGGCGAUCAAGGAGCUCAAGGAUCGAGGAGCACAAGGACAAGGACAUUUGCAAGCUCAAGAAACGGAAUUGGUUUGA